AUGUCUUGGCAGGGUUCAUCAGUCAUGGCACUAAGGGCCUUGAAAUUUGCCUCAUUGACAGCAGCUGCUUCUGGCAUCUAUCUGUAUGGAAACAAGUUCCUGGAUCCUAAUGAUUUUGGAGUUGUUCGUGUGGGCCGAGCCAUUGCCACAACGGCAGUUAUCACCUAUGACUACCUGACCUCUCUUCGGAGUGUCCCAUAUGGAUCAGAGGAGUAUGAGUUCCUCAAGUCACAGGUGCACCUGCGCUCUGCUGAGCGCCUCCGGGAGUUGUGCUGCUCCAACCGAGGCACCUUCAUCAAGGUGGGGCAGCACCUGGGAGCGCUGGACUACCUCCUGCCUGAGGAGUACACCCGCACCCUCAAAGUGCUGCAUAGCCAGGCCCCGCAGAGCACCAGGCAGGAGAUUGAGCAAGUUAUCCGUGAGGAUCUGGGAAAAGAGAUAAAAGAGCUCUUUAUGAGUUUUGAGGACACUCCCCUGGGAGCAGCAUCACUAGCCCAGGUACACAAAGCAGUGCUGCAGGAUGGGAGAACGGUGGCAGUGAAAAUCCAGCACCCCAAGGUCCAAGCUCAGAGCUCCAAGGAUAUUUUGCUCAUGGAGGUUCUCCUCUUGGUUGUGAAGCAGAUUUUUCCAGAUUUUGAGUUCAUGUGGCUGGUGGAAGAAGCUAAGAAGAAUCUGCCCUUAGAGCUGGAUUUCCUCAAUGAAGGCAGAAAUGCUGAGAAGGUUGCUCAUAUGCUCAAAAACUUUGACUUCCUGAAGGUCCCCAGGAUCUACUGGGAUCUCUCAACAAGGCGUGUCCUUCUCAUGGAGUUUAUGGAAGGGGGACAAGUGAAUGACAGGGCCUAUAUGGAGAGGAAUGGCAUCAAUGUCAAUGAGAUCUCUCGCAACCUGGGAAAGCUCUACAGUGAAAUGAUUUUUGUGAAUGGCUUUGUGCAUUGUGACCCACACCCAGGCAAUGUGCUGGUGAAGAAGUGCCCAGCCUCUGGCAAGGCCCACAUUAUCCUCCUGGAUCAUGGGCUCUACCAGGUGCUGAGUGAGUCAUUCCGCAUGGACUACUGCCGGCUUUGGCAGGCCCUCAUCAAGGCUGAUAUGAAGAGGGUGCAGAAGUACAGCCGGCGACUUGGGGCAGGGGAUUUGUAUCCUCUCUUUGCCUGCAUGCUGACUGCCAGAUCUUGGGAAUCUGUCAACAGGGGCAUUGACCAGUCACCAGUCUCUGCCAGUGAGGACAUGGAGAUCCGGUCCAACGCUGCCACUUACUUGCCCCAGAUCACCCAGCUCCUCAACAACGUUCCCCGCCAGAUGCUGCUUCUGCUGAAGACCAAUGACUUGUUAAGGGGGAUUGAGUCAGCCCUGCACACACGGGCCAGUGCCAGCUCCUUCCUCAAUAUGUCUCGCUGCUGCAUCAGAGCUGUUUCCACGUACCAGAGGAGCAAGAGUCACUCGCUUUACAGGAGGGCCCAGAUCUCAUUCACAGAAGCCCUAAGCCUGUGGCAGAUCAACUUAUAUGAACUCUUCCUGUGGCUGAAGGGGUCCCAGCUGGGGAACUGGGUCACUGCUCUCCUGAGACGGAUGCACCAUUUAAUGUACUGACAUGAACUGGUGGGAGAGGCCUGGGUGCUCCCUCCCUCCCUUCUGUUCUCCAUGGCACAUCUGCCUUUUUGACUAUUUCUGUCUAUUUUUGGGUCUUACUCCACAUUACACACUGCACUGUCCUUUUCUUUUACAGCAUUAGCUUCCCCUGUGGCACAGAGAGGUUGAGUUGGUACCAGAGCCCUACUGUUUUGUGGUUUAGGUAAAGUAAGUGCAUGAUACUUGUGGCAGGAAGGACAGAAAAGAAUACCUUCUUUCCUCAUUUGUGCAGGUUAAGUUCCACUCAGAUUCUAGUGGGACUGUGCUGGAAGCAAAUGCCUCUUUGACUCUUUCUUAAACAAUCUUAAAGAAUUUAAGAGAAUCCCAGCCCUACUAGAAUGCCCCAAAAUAUUUUUCAGACCCUCAGAGAGGGGUGGUAAGUCCCUUUAAAAUACAAUAGGGUUUAUAUUAAUUUAUGCAAUCUCUUUAGUCUGAUUUCUGUUUAGGUGUGCGGAAGGUUUCUCAGAGGAAUGAGACCUUAUGGAAAGCUGUCACUAGGGUUUUUUCUUCCAGCACCAGGGAAAGAGGACACAAAUGGUGAGAGUGGUGGACUGGGAGUCUGACUUCCUAAGAUGCAUCUCCAGUCCUGUCAGCAAGUGCCUCUGUUUUUGGACUUCUCCUGGCCUGUUUCCUUGCAGGUGAAAUGGGGGAAGGGGACAGUGAUCUUGCCUCUCUUCUGAAAUUCAGGAAAGACAGUAAGAAGGACAACUCAGGGCUCUGAAACUGCCGGGAAUGUAUGUGUACUGUACAAAACUAUCACACAACAAAAUAAAUGUGUUGUAUCAAAGACCUUUGGGGGAGGGAUGCUUGGCUGUGCACUAGAGUUAUGUUUGAGCCUCUAACCUUAGUCCUGUUUCCAUUUCUCCACAAGGGAGUGAUGCCAGGCAGUGCUGGUAAUUCCUUGUAAGCAAAAUGUCCACUUGGUCUUUUCUAUAUCCAAGAAGUUUGUACCACAUCUGAGUCCUCUAGUACUGCAUCAAAUGUAUGUUGGGAUGGAAUGGAGGAGCAGGCAUCUUUCUGCUGGGAGGAUAUCUCAUACCCUUCUGCCCAGAUCCACACUGAGCCUGCCUCCUCCCUGCCUGUGGGAGUGCGCUACAGCACAUCUGUGAGAUGUCACCAUCCCCAUGCCACAGUGAACAUUUCACCUUGUCACUGCCUGUGAUGUUUUACUACUCCAGCCUCAGACAAAAACCUGCCAUUGCUCAGUGGUGCAAGUGACAGAUCUGAUGGCUUUGACUCUGUAGUUGUGGGACAGCUACCAGAAAGCCUCACCUAGACGCCUGCUUGUGUGAGACGUAUCUGAGAUACUGGGAGACAUCUCUGUUGCUUGUAAGAAUACCUUUAUCCAGGAAAGGUGGAUGGAGGUGACUGCUCACAUAAUCUCAGCUUUCCUCAUAAACUAUCUUGGUGAAAGGGGACAUGAAGGACAGGAUGGGAAUGUCCGUCUACUGUCAGAAAGCUUGCUAAACUGAGAAUUACUCAGGAACCAAACUGUGCCUGAGGGCAAGCCACAAGAAGGCCAUUCCCUCUCCCAGUUUCCAUACAACUUCCCAAUUUGCACAGGUGCAAGACCCCACCUUGAAGUGAGUUCAAUUUCUUGGGAAGGGAAGCAGGGGACAGAGUGCAGGUUAAGUGUGUGUGAGUCCCUGGUGAAUCAGUCAUCUUUCUGGCUGUGUGGGAAGGGGAAGGAAUGUAAUCCAGAAAAGGUACCUGGUUACUGGUGGGCUUGGGCAUGAUGGGUUAGGGACUGCAGAUGUGCAUACAGUGACUGUGUACACGCACAAGCAUGUAGGCAGAACUGGCUGGCUCAGGACUGCCAAGAAGUGGUAAGCCUAACGUCCUUGCAAAGCUUGUCCGCAACCCAUGCAAUGACAGGUUAGAGAUUCCCUUGACUUCUGGGUCAUAUGAUGGCAUCAGGGACUGGAGUGGUGAUAAUUGCAGGAUGAGACUCCUGAGUCAACAAAGAGUCACUGAAGCCCUGGAAUACUGGUGCUGCAUCCUGUACAUGACUAAUCAUUGCUCAUGUGAAAAGUCUGACUGAAUUAGUGCCUUGCUCAGGCUCUUAGAGCUGGUAGGCUGGCCAGCAUGGGUGGGCCUGAUUUGUUCUCAUUACAGGUAGAGCUCCUCUCAGAAAGCUGGACUGCUGUGCCUUGUUAAAGUCCAAGAGACCCUCUAGUAAUGGCCACCAACUGCGUAUCCUCAUCUUGUAGAUGCCUGUGCAAAUGCCUUUGCCUGUUCAUGGCAGGAUACACUGACCAUAGCACCGUUUGUGUUUCUCAUCUGUAAGUGAAAGCUUAUCCUACAUUUAGGCCUUCAUUUCUAGAGGAUUCCGUGUUGUGGAGAGGCUCCCUGUAGCUGUCAUUUGCAUUGGCUGUUAAGCUCACAGCGUGCUCUCAGCCAUGCAUGUUCUUUCACUCCUUCAAAAUCUUACCACAUGACUGCUAGUUCUGCUACCUGAGGACGGUCCUGACUCUAAAAGUUGUAGGGAACCAGCAGCCCCUCGGACUGGUUUCUGGCAGUGUGCAGCAGGCAGAGAACAGGGAAUAUUUGGCAGAGCUUUGUCUAUUGUCAUUAGUCUCUGCUGGGAGGCUGUGUGUUGCAGUGUUAGCGGAGGGACUCCUCCAUCCAUUGUGCUCAGCUUUCACCCUUCCCACAGUCAAUCGAUGAAAGUUUGUCUUAAGAAAGAAGAAGCAAACACAUGGACUUUGACCUUGUAACAUUCCUGCCUUGUCUUUUUGCUGAAAGCACUCAAAGGUGAAUGUGUUAACACAGUUUUGAAAAGACACUUCCUCAUCCCAAUUUGCAGUUGUCAAACAUGGGUAGCCUGGAUCAGGUCUGUGCAUUUGGCCUCUCUUUCCCACCUGCAUUUAAUGGUGUUUUCACCACCAGCAAACACAGCUUCUGCUGCUUGGCUUGCAGGCAGCACAUGGGCUGCUGUCUGCCCAGCUUUAGCUGUGAGCAAACUAAAGUUUGGUUCAGACACUAAAUACUGGCCCUGGAGCCCACCAACUCUUUCUCAGGACUAAUAUGGGGGUUAGAGCUGUUGGCCAGAGGUGCAAAACUGAUGGGCAUCUUUCAGCUCCUGUAAUAAACAUGAAGUACUUUGUUGUAGCCUUAUGGCAUCACCAAUCCUAAUGCUCUCAGAUGUGUUGGGAAACCAGUGGACAUUUCAUCUAGCAUUUAUAUGUGCCAUCAUUAUAUCCACUGGAGGUGGAAAAUGGGGCAGUCAGGGAAAAUGCAGUUGCUGUGCAAAACUUCAAGAAUCUCAGGUAUGAAGUGGACUUGCUUUUGCACAUGCAGCUGAAAAAAAGCCAGUCUGAACACCCUAGCCUUUGCCUAGCCCAUCUAGUGAACACUAUUGAUGACAAAUGGGUGGCAUUUAGAGUCGCAGAUCAAGGCUGCAUGAUGCUGUCUGCCA